UUACUUUUUUUACAGGGCUGCAGUUUUUCACGCGCACACUGAAGAUCGGGUCAUCACUGGACUGGAAAAAAAACUGAUGCAAUAAAAAUACUUUAACCAAACUUGAUGAAUUUUUAUAUAAAAUAGUCUUCAUGUCGACCAUAUUUAACGCACCUUUCGAUCCAAGUGAGGACACAGAAGGUGAUUUUGGUGGAAAACUUUCGCAAAAUAAAAUUCAUAUACGUAUCCAGCAAAGAAAUGGAAGAAAAACUAUAACCACGCUUCAAGGGAUUGAUGAAAAAUACGAUCAGAAAAAGCUUGCAAAAGUUUUUAAAAAGGAAUUUAAUUGCAAUGGUACGGUGGUCGAGGAUGAGCAAUAUGGCGAAGUUAUUCAGCUAACAGGAGACCAAAGGAACAACAUCCAACAGUUUUUAAUUAAUGUAGGCAUCUGUAAAAAAGAUGCACUUGUUGUGCACGGUUUUUAACCAGCAUUUCUUCACUUUUUAUUCGCGCAUGUAAUACUUACGUCGCAUAAAAAGUUGUCUUCUGUAUUUAUUUUGAAUCUACUGACAAUAAAGAUUUCAAACACUUAAA